AGAGUUCAAGGACAUGUACCAGAUGGAGAUGCCUCAUCAGAGACCUGGACGACCAGGCGAAGGCCAUGGACCACUUUGAUGAGCGUGUGAAGGCUCUGGAGAAGCGCAGUCUACAGGUUCUCCCCCUCCAGUUCCGCAGGAACACCCCUCAGAAGCUGCUCCCCGUCGAGGCGCUGUGUGAGUUCGACACUGACGAGGGUCAGAUCCUGCGUGGAGAGAGGUACACCCUCCUGAGUAACAAGGGGCCCAAGUGGGAGGUGAAGGACGCGGCCGGGCGUAAACUGACGGCUCCGGGGGCCUGCUUCAUGGUCCCCCCCACAGACCCAGAGUCUGUCGCCGUCUCCAACAGUCUGGCCGGCCAGCAGAAGGGUAUUAAGAUGAAGGUGUCUGGCAGUAAGACCACCCUGGUCAAACGCCUGGAGGAACUGAAGAAAGACGGCUCUGCUGGCUCUGACAAGGAGGAGCAGCAGUGUCGCCAGCUGAUGGCCGGUCUGGACAAGGUGACCAGUGACCUGGACAAACAGGAGAAGGCCAUCUACUCUCGAGUACGUCCCCCUCUGGAGCAGACCAGGCCUCUGCAGGACAGCGCUGACCGGCUGCAGGACGUCAAGGACAUUGCGGCCGUGGUUCGUAAGAUCGAGCCGGAGAAGUCGUCCAAGGUGAGGGAGGCUGAGACGUUCCUGACCUCUAACCCUAAAUGUGCCAGCGCCCCUCAGCUGAACGGCAAGGUGAACGAGGCCAGCAACAAAUACGACAAGAUCAACCUGCUGCUCAAGUGCUCCGAGGACAAGCUUCAGAAUUCCAACCGCCUGGAGAACUCCCUUCAAAACGGGAAAUCUUUAUUGUCCAGCUACGAGAACAAGCUGGCCAGGGAGGAAGUGGCCCCAGCAGACAUCUCAUCUCUGGAGAAGACACAGCGUCAACUGGCUGAUAUUGCAUCAGAGCUGAAGACCAAGAGGUCCGCGGUGACGGAGACGGAGGCUAACCUGCGUGUGGCCAAAGGCAGCUGUGACACCAUGGCAACCAAGCUGCAGGAGCACUGCCCCGACAUCGAGAGGCAGGAGGGAGAGGUCCGGAGACUUAACAAACGCUACGACAACCUCAACAGGCAGAUCGACACCAGGUAAACGGAGACUUAACAAACGCUACGACAACCUCAACAGGCAGAUCGACACCAGGUAAACGGAGACUUAACAAACGCUACGACAACCUCAACAGGCAGAUCGACACCAGGUAAACGGAGACUUAACAAACGCUACGACAACCUCAACAGGCAGAUCGACACCAGGUAAACGGAGACUUAACAAACGCUACGACAACCUCAACAGGCAGAUCGACACCAGGUAAACGGAGACUUAACAAACGCUACGACAACCUCAACAGGCAGAUCGACACCAGGU